AGGGAGGGAGGGAAGAUGGCGGAGGUGGGCGAGGUCAUCGAGGGCUGCCGCUUGCCCGUGCUGCGGCGUAACCAGGACAACGAGGAUGAGUGGCCUCUGGCAGAGAUCCUGAGUGUGAAGGACAUCAGUGGGCGGAAGCUUUUCUACGUCCAUUACAUUGACUUCAACAAGCGCCUGGAUGAGUGGGUGACCCAUGAUAGGCUGGACCUAAAGAAGAUCCAGUUUCCCAAGAAAGAGGCCAAGACCCCCACCAAAAAUGGGCUCCCUGGGUCCAGACCGGGCUCCCCUGAAAGGGAGGUGAGGAAGACCCUGGACCUAUCUCUACAGCCGGCUUCGGCCCAGGCCAGUGGGAAGACACUGCCGAUCCCGGUGCAGAUCACGCUCCGCUUCAACCUACCCAAGGAGCGCGAGGCCAUCCCCGGCGGCGAGCCUGACCAGCCCCUCUCCUCCAGCUCCUGCCUGCAGCCCAACCACCGUUCCACGAAACGAAAAGUGGAAGUGGUUUCGCCAGCAACUCCCGUGCCCAGUGAGACGGCACCGGCCUCUGUCUUUCCUCAGAACGGCUCAACCCGGAGGGCCCUGGCAGCCCAGCCGGGACGGAAGAGAAAGUCCAACUGUUUAGGCACUGAUGAGGACUCCCAGGACAGCUCAGACGGAAUUCCGUCAGCCCCUCGCAUGACUGGCAGCCUGGUGUCCGACCGGAGCCACGACGACAUCGUCACCCGCAUGAAGAACAUCGAGUGCAUCGAGCUUGGCCGGCACCGCCUCAAGCCCUGGUACUUCUCCCCGUACCCCCAGGAGCUGACCGCUCUGCCUGUGCUCUAUCUCUGCGAGUUCUGUCUGAAGUAUGGAAAAAGCCUCAAGUGUCUACAGCGCCACUUGACCAAAUGUGACUUGCGCCAUCCCCCAGGCAAUGAGAUUUACCGAAAGGGCACCAUUUCUUUCUUUGAAAUUGAUGGGCGUAAGAACAAGAGUUACUCCCAGAACCUCUGUCUUUUGGCCAAGUGUUUCCUGGACCACAAGACCUUGUACUACGACACAGACCCCUUCCUCUUCUAUGUCAUGACCGAGUAUGACUGCAAGGGCUUCCACAUCGUCGGCUACUUUUCCAAGGAAAAAGAGUCCACUGAGGAUUACAAUGUGGCCUGCAUUCUGACUCUACCUCCCUACCAGCGCCGUGGCUAUGGCAAGCUGCUCAUUGAGUUCAGCUAUGAGUUGUCUAAGGUGGAAGGGAAAACAGGGACGCCCGAGAAGCCCCUCUCGGACCUCGGCCUUCUGUCCUAUCGCAGCUACUGGUCCCAGACCAUCCUGGAGAUCCUCAUGGGCCUGAAGUCUGAGAGUGGGGAGAGGCCCCAGAUUACAAUCAAUGAGAUCAGUGAGAUCACCAGCAUCAAGAAGGAGGAUGUCAUCUCUACGCUACAGUACCUCAAUCUCAUUAACUACUACAAGGGCCAGUACAUCCUGACGCUGUCCGAGGACAUCGUGGACGGCCAUGAGCGUGCCAUGCUCAAACGGCUUUUGCGCAUUGACUCCAAGUGUCUACAUUUCACCCCCAAGGACUGGAGCAAACGGGGAAAGUGGUGACCCCUGGCCCUUCCCUGUGACUGCGUGCGGAGCCCAAGGGGCCUCCUCUGCUUCUUGGGCUGGACUGGACAGGACCCUGGAUGGGAAGGGCCCCCCUGAGGAAGAGGUGGCCAGCAGGGGCCAGACGCUGGACACAUCCUCAGAGACAGAGCUCUGCCCGCCCUGGCACGGGCGCCAUGUACAGACGGAGGCUGGGCAGCUAUGUACAGUGUGGGGGGAGGGAGGGUGUACAGUUGUUUUGUACUGCGUGAGCCGGAGGGGCUGCGGAGAGGCUUGGCCCUG